AUGCGUCACUUGGCCCAAAUGACUCAAGCGGCAGCAAUGCGACAGGCGGCCGCGGUGGCUGGCUCUUCCAUGCAGCAGAUGCCCUCUGACCCCGGGAAUUGUGCAGGCGGUUCUACAGCUCCCUUGGGCACCUGUGAAGCGGCCGGUGUUGGUGUGGACGAUUUUCGACGACUCUGCAACCUCCGUCUGAGCUUUGUCAAGGGAUGGGGACCUGAUUACCCACGGCAUGACAUCAAGGAGACGCCCUGUUGGAUCGAAAUUCAACUCCACAGGUACUAUUAG